CCCCGACGCACUCUCGCGAUCUCGUUAAUAGCGUUCGCGAAUCGGUAGAGCUAGCUUCGCCACUUUGGAGCGGCCUCUUCUUUGGUGGUUGGCCUUUGUUCGCACAUCUGGACUCCGACAGACGGGCGGAGUACGCAAACGGGUGAAGAUCACACCAUUCGGUAGUCCACCUCCUGUGCUAGCUAUAGCGAUUGUGUAGCAAUGCUUUCCCUUCUCUACACCUACCUGACCAACCUGCCCCGAUGGCACCUGGUGGCGAUCGUUUUCAUUGGCUACCUCGUGUACUACUUAAUGGAGGUAGUGAAGCGACCCAUUCUGGCCGUUUCGAAUGGCCCGUUCAAGCAGUACCUCCGGAAGCACAUCCCCACGCUGGAGCACAAAUUUUGGCCAACGUUCUGGUGCUUCGAAAGCCGUGCGCAGACCGUGUUUGCCAGCAUCAUACGCUCGAACAUUAUGCCGGCGAUCGAUUAUCGGCGCGAAGUGUUAACGCUCCAGGAUGGCGGUGAGGUGGCGCUGGAUUGGAUGGAGCAAGGCUGUGAUCCGGAGGCACCGAUCAUCAUCAUACUGCCCGGGCUGACCGGUGAAUCGCAGGCCGAGUACAUCAAGUGUCUGGUGACGGCGGCCAACCGCAUCGGCAUCCGGACCGUCGUCUUCACCAACCGUGGGUUGGGCGGUGUGGCCCUCAAGACACCGCGGCUCUACUGUGCCUCGAACUGCGAGGACCUGUCGGAGGUGGUCAAGCACGUCCGGAGCACAAACACGCACGUACGCAUUGGCGCGACCGGCAUCUCGAUGGGUGGGCUCAUCCUUGGCAACUAUCUUGCCCGCCACUCAGACGAAGCGAAAUCGAUCUUGACCGCGGCCACCAUCAUCUCCGUACCGUGGGAUGUCCACAAAGGCUGUGCCAGCAUUGAGCAACCGAUUCUGAACAAUCUUCUCGGCAGACAUCUUGCCUCGAGUCUCUGCCGUACGGUGAGCAAGUAUGACAUUCUGCGCGGUGAGCAGUUCGACUGGGACAUGAACCAAGUGUUGCGGAGCAGAACAAUCAAAGAGUUCGACUCGGCGUUCACCUCGAAGCACUUUGGGUACAAGGAUGUCGAUAGUUACUACACCGACGCUACGCUACACAAUAAACUCCACAAGAUUAAAGUGCCUUUGCUGUGUUUGAGCGCAGCCGAUGAUCCGUUCCAGCCGCUCGAUGCCAUCCCGGUGAAGGCGGCCGCCCGGUCGUCGCACGUUGCCAUCUUGAUCACGGCGCGCGGUGGUCACAUCGGGUUUCUGGAGGGCUGGUGGCCCGCCAACAAGGACCAGUACAUGGGCCGUCUGUUUAGUCAGUACUUUUCGGCCACGCUGUUCGAUCCGAACGAUGAGUUCUACCGUACCAGCCAGCUGAUGAUGGAGCACAACCUAACCGUGUCCACCUCGGUGCCAGGAUCACCGACAAAGCAGAGCGGUACCACGGAUGCCUCCGAUGCCAGUGCCACCAGUGCCAUACGGAAAAAAUCCAUCCCUUUCUAGAGACGUUCGGGUGACCAACUACUACGCUGAUGGGAGAUCCGUCCCAUCGGUGGACCGGUGGCUGGAGAUGACCGCGGUGGACCGGUCCUUCUGUUGCAGUUGCAUUCCUCUGCUUCAAUUGCGCUUGCUGCUGCUGCUGCUGCUGCAGCCACCAGUGUGGCGUGGCACCAUUUUUAGGAAACCAAUUUCUUGUGAUAGAACCACGGAAUCGCACGAAGAAGCAUUCACGAAUUGCGGGCCUCCGCGAGUAGCGGCUUGAUGCCUUGCUUGCCAGUACGCGACGAUGAUGCAGGUGCAAUCCGUUUAAAUUAGUGACAAGAAAGUGACGAAUUGUUGGCGUGCUAGUGUUAGCGGGGAGCCUGCGGGGCAAAUGUACUGGCCUGGAGGAGUUGUGCUCCGCUCGGCUUCGAAUUGCAUAAAGUGUGGACGUGUUUAAUAGGUUUAGCAGUAGAUUCUAUAGGCGAUGGAGCGACAGACUAAUAAAUGCGAGCGAAAAGGGAGAGCAGGCGUUUAGUUACACACCAUUUAAUCGGUUGGCAAAUACCCAGUUCCACAGGAUUUUAGCGUUUGUUCGGACGUUAUAAGAAACAGUAUUUAACGAUGGUGCUUGCGAGGGCGAGGUAGGAUUGGUUAGUGAGUGGUCAGUGAGCUGUUUAGUCGAAUAUUUUGAUUAUAACUGCGCCAAAGCCACCUGACGGUGGUGGCGCAGUUAUCAUGCGAGCUGCACACAAUUAUCUGAUAAGCACGCGCAUGAAUGCGAACGGAAGCAAUAACAAUAUAUACUAGCUUAUAGAAAAUACACUUGCCUGAAAGGAAAAUCAAAGGAAAAAAUGGCACUGCGAGGACGAAAUUAGCGUGUAAGCAAAUGCGUAGCGUAUAGGAAAUGUGACUCGCCCCCGUGUUCUUCACCCAUGUUCUGCGGGGUUGUCGGCUUUACAACUUUUCAAAACUACAUUCAUUCACAUAUCUUAAUGAAAAAUCAAAAAAUAAGAGACAAAAACCACACACCCACAACUCGAGAGGGCUGUUAGAAAAUCGAAUGCUCCAAUCCCGCAGGGGAACGGAUAAGGGUUUUCUCCAAGAGAACCGCACUUGAUUCCUUUUUGCUUAAACACCGUUACUGUUACGUAUUAUGUUUCUUUUUCUCUAGAUAUCGUGUUCAACUUGUUAGUUACUAUUCGAGGAAUACUAUUUUAGGUAGCUGGCAAGGCCAAAUCGUCCCGCUUCUGCUGAGAGAGGUUGCUACUGGAGGUGCUGCGCGGUUGUAGGGUGAAACAGGUUGUUAAGUCUUUCUAAUUCCAUUCGUAUAUGAUCAAAACGCAAAUCUUAAUGAAGCGAUCCAACCACACCAAACCGAGAUAUUCUUUACCGAAGGGAACACUGUAACAAACAGAGAAAUGUGGGUUUCUGCGAAAUACGAAAUAAAACGGUUGAUCAUUUGAAUUUGAA